AUGGAUCCGGAACCAGAAGGAUUCCGCUCUUCUACUGAAACAACGACUUCCCUACACGCAUGGACUGACGGCGAAAAUAUCUCACUAAUUCAUCGAAAUCAUGCAGAAAUAGCCACACGUAAAGGGUGGAAGUAUAGAUAUCUGUGGCAUGGCCUUUCGUACACCACAGUCAUUCUUUUGACAAGCCUUAUCUCGAUCUUCAUCUCUAUGAAAGGAUACACUAGAUCUGAUUGCUCUUGCUCACUAGAUGCAACAUCUCACACUGGUAGCCUUCAAGCGGAUUUAGUUAUGGUUAACUCAACUCCCGAUGAACCCGUUGAAAAUGCUUUAUCAAAUGAGAUGAAGCUACAAAAAGCUUGGGAUACAUUGGCUGAACGUUCCGAUGGUGUCACAGUGGUUGUUCCUGAAAAACUUGAACAGGAACGCGGAAUACUCCCCGAAUCACCAAAGGUCACUCGUAAUGGAGUGUCAGGAUACCUGGUUACCUUGGAUAGUAUGCAUCAAGCAAAUUGCGUGGAUGCUGCGUGGCGUCGUCUUUGGUUCAAUCAUGAAGACGAUAAAUUACAUGGGCCAAUGGCGAAUCACAAUAUCUCAGAUCAGUGGUACAAAGAUCAUAUCACACACUGUUUGAAGAUCCUAAAACAGUCAAUUCUCUGUAAGAUGAAUGUGGACAUGGUUAUGGGAUAUAUUCAGUGGAACAAGUCAGAUCCAAAUGACUUCAUUCAUUUUGAGAAGAACCACAUAUGCAAAAACUACACUAAAGUCCUUGGAUGGAUCAAGAAUAAAGAAGAACCCUAA